AUGGUCAAGGCAGCGCUAGGGGUUUUGUACCUCCUGGCUUCCGCCACGGCAAAUGGUUGGGACUUGCUGCAGUGGGGACUGCAGUCAAAUGCCACUCCCCAAACGGCUCAGGAAACAGUAAACGAACCAAGCAGCUUUCGCUGGUUCAGGGCCGACCGAGGCGGGAGAUCCCGCCCGGCGCAAACUGGCCCUGAAACCUCCCAGGAGACACGGCACCGAUCCUGGAGAGCGACCUUUGAAUCCAUUGGCAGAUAUUGGUGGGUGCGCAUCUGGGUAGACUUGAUCCUGCAAGUAGCAGAGAAUGGGUUACACUACUGCGGGACACUCUGCGCAUCGAUCGGUUUAGCUGCCAAAUGGAGCUACUGGUUGCUUACAGGGGUUGUGAUCGUGUUCCUGUUACAGCUGCUGGUUUGGACAUACACUUGGGUUGUCCAUCCAGCCUGGGUCCACUCAAGGGCCCUCUGGCGAUAUUGCCAGGGCACUGGGACCUGGAGUGACGUCACUCGCCUACAAGGCCAAAGGCCCUACAUCCCAACGUGGAGAGGGCCUGGUACCAGCAACCCCUGGACAGCACAGUAUGUCCAGAGGGAGGUGCGAGGGAGGGGGUUGAACCAACGACCUCUAGAUCUCUUGGUUGCGGACGGGGUAGCAGUAGCUCGCCUCCGACACGACACAAUCAGAGGCCGCACGAACAGGCAUGGGUUUGUCUGCGCCUGCAAUGAGGUACGUGCCUCCUCUCACCGGUACUUUAGGCACCAUCUGGAAACUGCUAAUUGCACCAUCCAUUUGUGUUCGCAAGACCCAUGCACAGCACCUGAAGCGUCGCAAGUGCACAUCAAGGCCAGUUCGGUCAUACCCCAGGACCGGGAGAUCGAUCUGCAAGACCUUGCUGGAAGGGGGCCUUGGGGUAGGUGCGCGGUCCUUACCAGCUUUUGCGGGGCCUUGUGGUGCGGAUGUUGCCGCAAGAGCAUAUCCCGGUGUGCCAAAAUCUGGUGUUGGUGUGUUUCCUGCAGGAGGCGCCCGAGGCGGGUUUCCCGCCCGGGCGAAGGGCCGGAACAUGGCCCGAGCGACCGGCAUGACGACUCCGAAACCGAGUCUGAAGCGGAAGUCGGACCCACGGACCAACCUUGCCAGGCGGAUCAAAUCGCUAUUGAUUCCAGUGGCAAAGUGACCUCGCUGGCCAUGGAACCGUGUCGAGACAUUGCGAGGGGUCAACCGGUUUGCCUCCUCAGUGCAGAUAGGGCGAGCAGCUGCCUUGAUGGGCUGCCUAGUCUUGCAGACGGCACCUCAGGAUUCCACGCCUGUGAAUAUCACCGCUCGAUGUACCAGGGCUCGUUAGUCAACAGGGCGUGCGCGGUGCAAGGCUGCCUUAAUUCAGCCACCAAGAGAAAGGAAGGCGUCCUCCUGUGCAGGUUACACAACGCCAAGGAAGAAAAACCACUUGGAAGCAAGACUACCCCACAAGCUACCACUAGGAGACAGCCCAGGGCAGGGAAUGGAUCAGAAGCGGUUCCUAGCACACUCAAGGCCGCUUCGCCUUUGGCAGUAGACAGCCAAGCAGCACCAAGCUCGAGGGCAGAACCAGCUGACCUAGCCGAGCUGAUGGUGGAACUUCUCCAAGGGAAGGACUCGGAGUCAGCCUUCCGUUCUUUGGCAAGCUCUCGUGAAAAAUGGCAUGAGCCCGAAUUCCGUGCAGAUCUUAGCCGAAUGGCGAAAGAAUAUAUUGCUCGACAAGAAGAGAAAGGGGGGGAGCCCUCCAAAGCGUUGAGAGCCCUUAAACACUUUGUGGCACCCACCCCCCUUGGGCAACACCGCCAAGACAGUGACCCCGUCGUUACGCUCCUAGAAGCCAGAGAGACCGUAGAAGAUCUACGAACCAAUACUCAGGAUCAAGAGCCGCGACGCACUGUGGGCGACAUGCCGGAGCCCCAGGUGACUAUGGCACAAGCCCUCUUCCGACCAAAGGAGCCAGGGACCGCGAGCUUCCCGGGGCCGGUAUCCGGCCCGGGACACGGUGGCCUCGCCUCGAGGCUCGUACCGAGCCCGGGAGCGGUUGACCUCUUUCCCGGAACGGCCCAUGCGUUGCCCCCUCUGUCAGGCCAAGGCUUGGGAGCCUUCAGGCCCUAUCAUGCCGGGGCUUAUACUGACCCGGGACCGCCCGCCCUUGAUGAGGCAUCUAAGGCCCUGCAGACUAUUGCUAAAGCCAUAUCCUCCAAGGACGAACCCUCUGGUCAAGAACGGGGCAAGCUUUCUUCUAUUGGCAAAACUGAAGAGCGCUUGGUCUUCUUGGCCCGGGGGUGUGACACCCUUACCGUGCACAUCGGGGAGGCGACGGUAGGCAAAGACCUAUAUCAUGCCCUAAGGUCUAUGGCUUCGCAGAACAGACCUCUUCUCUGCGAGAUUGGGUAUCCGGUCAACAUCAGCAACCGGAUUGCCUUUGGAAUUUCGUCCCUCAACAUCGGGGGCAAGGGGUCCGUUCCGGACUACUGUCUCAGCGUGGCAGAUUUUCCUCAAACAUCAGAAGAAGAGUUUGACCUUUUCUCUCCUCCGGGGGAUAACAAACUAGAAAAAAGGGGAAGAAACCCUACCACACUCACCGGUUGGUACAGGAAUGCUUUGCGACAGGCCUGGGCCCUCGCGUGCGCUUUCGGGGCUGAAUUUUACGCAAGCUGGGAGAGCGCUGCUGCGCAGCUCCUUAAGCUUGGUGAAGAAUACACCCACGUUUGGCCCUUACAAGCCGUCCUCAGCACUUGGGAGGAACUCUGGGGCCGCUUCGUGGAAGAGCUCAGGGCCAUCGACCGCAGCGCGCGACGGGAAAUGCAAGAUGAGAGUCCCAGUUUCGACAGACUGCGCUUCUUUGCCACUUCACCUGGGGCCGACGGGACGCCUUGGCUCAGGUUGCCACAGACCUUUGACUUGCAGGCCUUGGGAGAGUACUUCCAAACCGACAUUGUCCCCCGUCAAAGGCGGCUUCUUGAUCGAGCCUGCUGGAACAUGGCAUUCAAACGCCCGUCCCUAGCAGGGGGAAGGGCAGGUGAAAACGCGGAUAACGCAGCGGGAAAUUUGGGAGAUGGCGCUAAAGCCGGAAACCAACACACUCCAAAACCCAAUGCCCCAAAGGAAGUUGGUCAGCUGCUCGGGUCUCCGCUGACGCCCAAAGAAGUCAGCCGAUCCAUGGACCAUCGACCCAAGGAUCGAACAGGCAAAUACCUUUGUUGGGACCAUUUUUCCCACCGCAAAUGCGCAAAAGGCAAAGACUGCCCCCAUUCACAUGUCGGGGGAGCCCCGAAGUGGGACACCCUCGAUUGGAGCAUUCAGAUGCAGCUAUUGCGCCGAGGCGGGCAUCCCGCCCGGGCGAAGCUGAAAGCAGGUCAGGUCGACGCCGCAGUUGAAACUAUUCGCAAGGAGCAGGCAGCGAAGCUGGCUACGAACGUACAGGAAGGAAAAAGGGCCAAAGAGCGAGAAACCUCUAAGAGGGCAGCCGGACCACCAGAAGACCCCCCUGAAAGCCACACACAAUAUCGUAACGAUACGAGGGCUGGUUGGGUCUCUGCCCCCGGAGGGCUGAACAACUUCGCACCCACCGACAUGGAGGCGCCACUUGCCUCACUGAUGGGAGGGCAGGCAGAAACCAGUUGGACUGCCGAUCAUGCAAGCCCUGCCGUACGCACGGCCCAACUGGUCGUCCCGCACGAUCAGCCGGAGGCGGGGGAGAGGCUGAGACGUAUGCAGGUCAUUGACGACACCUUGCAGCUCCCCGAAAUGCCCCCGCAUCUGGGCGUGUAUCUUCGGAAUCGGGUGCUCACUGACGCCGCUGCCCAGCCUCAGGCUGCUGAUAUCCAAAGGUAUCUGGAAGAAGCGGUUCAGGAAGGAAGCGCAGAACUGGCCGCAGAAGCCACCGAGUUCUUACAAACCUAUCCGGACUUGCGGGUAGGGUCUGUCUCGCACCGCGGGGAGCUCAGUGUCCUGUCUGCGGACAGCAAUUUGGGGGCCGCUACCGGGACCUUCACCUGGCUCGAUACCACUUAUCACGUCUAUGAUUAUGGUGACCAGUUGAGCCCAGCCCAUUCAGGGCUGCUGCCGUGUGACGAGCCACACCCAUCGCAGGAACCCAGGCAAUGUUUUUUCCUCCACGUGGCGGCUGGCCUGCUCACUAGAAAGUCCGGAACCCCGCCUACUUACGAGGAGACGUGUGUGCAGGCUCUGGCCCUUCAGCGCGAAAUGUACCACUCCGCGGAAGAAUGCCUUCAAGCCCUAGGGCCCGAGCCUGAUCAGUGCACCCAAGCGGAGGACGACCUGCGCACUUUCGCGCAUGACGCUCUCUAUUACGGCCAUGAUAAGGAUUAUCGAUGUUUGGCUGCUCUUCCCCUGUCGGCCGCCGAUGAGCGCACCUUUUGUCUCGUCCGCAUGGACGACUGGCGCCGGGUCACUUGUGAGGUCAUUCAAGGGGUUAGUCACAUGCGCCUGCUCGUUCCGCCCAUGGACCGGGCUUUGCCUACCGGAGCCCGCGUAGUCUCGGCUGCCGGUUGGGAACUUCACCUAGAAGCGGCUCUGACGCACGGGGCGCGCCUUCGCGCCCGUGCCGCCAAACCCUGCCCUCGGUGCUAUUCGGAUCCACACCGUCGCACCGGUCGUGCUGCCGGCGUUUUUGGCUUAUGUCCCUUUCCGUCCCCGCCACCCGUAGGCACUCGCACGGGGGCACCUGCUUGGGAAGACACCGAGCCCUCCCCGUCGCAAUGGUCUAGGCAGGACUUGGCUUACUUGGCUUCCUGGCUUGGCGCCGAUCUUCCUGAUGGGACUCCCCCUGAUCUCUUUGAUCUGGCACCGCCCCCUUUCUCGGUAUCUACCGGGGUUACGCAGGCCGGAGGCCUCGCUCUUCGUUUCCCGCUUGAAGACGACCUAGCCCUCCGGUGUGGAGCGACCCGCUCUAAGCUUCGAGCCGUUAUCACUCUCCUUCGCCCACGACACCUUUGGCUUACCCUGCCCCUCCACCCCUUUGGAGGCUGGGGCCGUUUUGAAUCGUCUCGCGGCAAGGAUGCUUCCCCCGGCUCUGGAUGUGGCCGCCGCCACCUGGACUUCCUCUUGGACCUAGGCCGCCUUCAAUCCCUGUCCGGGGGCACCUUCAGCGUGCUCCACCAUCUUACCAGCACCGCGUGGCGGGAACCGGCAGCUGUCGCUCUUUUGGCUUCUGUCCCACGGGCGCGGCGCGUUUCGCGCCCGGGGCCGGCUUGCGGCGAGCCGGUCACGCUGCCCUUCGCCUCCCCUUUGGGGACGCCUCCGGGGCGCACCUGGGGCGGGGGGGGGGCGGGGGCUUCGCUGCUCUCCUCGCUCAGCAAAAGCGAUGUCUAUGGGCUUCGAGGGCCACUGCAGGACCCUCCUCCAAAGCAAACGGAGGAAGCGGCGGGCGCCUACCUUGAUUUUUUCCAAGGCAAGGAUUUUACGAAGGAAAACUUUGCCGAGGCGGCCCAACAGGGGAGCAGACUCCUGGAGGUCGCAGGAGGAUGGAAGGAGGCGCUGAGGGCCAUUCGACGGCAUUGGGUCCGGACACACGGGGAUCACCUCGCAGGACUUCACAGCGACUUUUUCGAAGGAUUGGUUCACCCAGCUAUCUUGGAGAGGGCCAGGCACGUGGCCGUUUGGGGAGUCUCCGCAGAAGCAGAUUUGGAAGAGACCCAAAGGGUGCAAAGCGCCCCCCAUCCUAGCCUGAAGGAGCACAUCGAAGAAGCCGCCAAGCAGCUUUGGGAGGACGCCGCCAAGGGGCGGAUCCUGCUCAGCAAAAAGGACGUGGCGGAGGCCUUCAAAUGGAUCCCCAUCAAAUUGGAAGACGCCAAGCUCUUCGCAGCUGAUGUCCCUGCUGAAUUCACUCAGACUUCGGAGGGGACCACGUUGAUUUAUAGUUUUUUGACGUUUGGCUGGUGUGGUGCUCCGGGUGAGUACAUGCACUUCGCCUGGGUUAUCAAGUCAGCGCACGGGUCGUUCGCUCCGGACAAUCACCGGUGGGAAGAUGACGUUCCCUUCCAUUCCUUCGUUCUCAUGGACGACACCGUUCUGAUCGAGCCGGAGUUGGGCUUCAGGCCGCAGCUCUCUGUCGCCCUAUCCGAAUAUGUCACAAAGGCCACCCUUGGGGAGGGCAGUAUCAAUGCUGCGAAGGACGCUCUCGAAGGUAGGCUUGAAUGUCGGAAAUUGAUAUGGGGGCUGGUGUAUGACACCCAGUCCUACACUCGCAGCCUCCCUGCGGCAAAGCUGGAGAAGGCGUACCAUCUUUUGCACCUCCCUGAUUUCGAUAGUGGGUGUACCCAUGUGCCUCUUCGUCUUGUCCAGGAGCUGAGGGGAAACCAGCAGUUUUGGCUGGCGGUGCUUCCAGGGCUCAGUCCCUACUUAGGGGCGACGAAUGACCUCCUGGGCCCGGCUGACGAAAGGGGGUUCGCGAAACCUAGAGGCACAGUGGCACAGCAGAAGGCCAUUUGGGCACGUUUUUGGGAAUCAAUCGAGCUCCAAAGACUGCUCGUGGAUGCCACUUCACAAUGGGAAGUCCGAUUUACCCACCCUCUGACUUCAGCCCUCACUGUCCGGGAGCUCCUUUCCUUCCCAGGAAUGAGUCAAAAAGUUGUCUGGGCGUCAGGAGAUGCAACCCCCCACAAGUUGGCGGCCGUGGAUUGGGAAGCCAACGUGGCGGUAGUGGAGCCGGCGGAAUCCGUGUGGGAACGCCUCCGGCGGUUUUGCGCCGAGCACGACCCGGAGCUUGCAGCUGCGGAGGAGGAGACGUCGACCGUCACCGAGGCUCGUUCUGAGCCCGGAGACGGGUUGAUGAUUUCGCUUGCUGAGCUUUUGGCCGUCGUGUCGUUGGCGUGUCUGAGAUGGAAGUCCUGGAAGGGAAAAAUUGUCAUCUACGCCGGAGACAACAGUAAUGUUAUCUCAUGGCUAGCCAGAAGACACGCAGGACCACCAGCGGCUCGGUUCCUUCUACAACUUCUGGCGGCACUUGAGACAGUUGGAGGCUUCCGCUUGCACGCCGAAUAUAUCCGGACCUAUCACAAUCAAGUCGCGGACGCUCUCACGCGGGAAGAAGAAGGGCCGGUUCUAUCAGCUUGGAACCUGGAACGAAAGGAUUUCUCCGAAGUCCUCCUUGCCACGCUGGACAGGGGGUGGACCCGUCGGGCCCUGCUAUGGGAUGGAAUGGACCAUGAGGACCAAGCCUCCGCCCUGCACAUGGGGUUGAGACGACAUCCGGAAGGCCCGCAGGGGCUUCGAUUCCCAUUGCGGCCAGGCAUUGUCUGCUGUGAGCUUGGCCCGGAGCCCCGCGUGUACCACUUGGAGUUGCUGUCCAGAGGUUUGAAAAUGCAGGAGCCCGGCCUAUUGGCUGACGAAGAGGCGGUCUGCGUUUUCUAUUGUGUCGGAAGGGACGAGGUUGCCACCGCGUCCAGCCUUGCCCAACAAGCCCAAGGUCUCCAGCCCAAGGGGAUAUGGGCCGACUCCAUCUCCUCCCUUGGCCUGAAAAGCGCUCAGGCUAGGUUACAAGAGAAUGGAUGGCAAACCCGGGUGGUACUCGUCAGCGGCCGGACACUCCAAGAUCAGUGUUGGUGGAAGCGAUGGAUUCUCCUUGCCGUCCCUAGGGGCGCGCAGAUGCCAGACCUUCCGUGUUUGACCGCGGAUGACGAGCCCGACACUGCCCCGCUGCACACAUACCCCACGGAGUGGCUUUUGGAGGAUCAAAAAGUCCCGGGUGACCUCUGGGUCAGGGGAAGACUAAAACUUGAUACCUCUAUCCCGUAUCUAGGACAGGCAACCCCUAAGCCCAGGGGCUCGGUGUAUGUGGAGGGUAGUGUUCGUAGGCACGUUUGGGACCCCUAUAAACCACUUCCCCAACUCCAUCACAACUCCGGCAAUCCCCAAAGUAAGGAUUCGCUUUUGUUGCUAGGGAAGGGACCUGAGGGACCUGCGGCGAGGUAUAUCACGCCCGGGGAAAUUUUUAAAUUGUUGGGUGGGAGGGUUGAGUUGUUACCCCCCAAUGUGUUGGCUGAAAGUUUACCCCUGCUGUCCAUUUUGGCUACCCCUCGUAGUUUGGCUCUAACGGCUGGGAAGUGGGCUAGUUCGCUGGGCACGACCGGGCCGCGCGACCCCGCCGCAACCAAUCAAGUGCUGACCGAACCGAGCUUGGCAAACUCGACCCAAUCCGAGGUUCAAGACGAACCCGGACCGGCUGCGGGGGCCGAGGCUCGCUUCGAGCCCGGUCAACUCCCAACCGACAGAAAGGUCGGGAUUUGCGAAUUGCCUUGGGAAUCCGCAGCGCGGGAGGCGCUCAUGUCUUGGCUCCAAGAACGUGGUUGGGGAGAUUCCAAGGUUGGAGGGAAGCACAAAAAGCAGAGGAAGAGUGGCAAAAAGAUGGAAUGGCAGGAGGAGCUGUCAAAAGCCAUGUCUCGAUGCCUCAGGCACGAAGCAGAAUGUAUAACAGAAGACGGCUGGGUGGAACUGCCCGACCUCCUGGAAUACCUCCGUAAGCGCCUGAACUGGCAGGAGAAGUAUUUCACGGAGCAGGUCAUCCGGGACGCCGUGGAGGAGAACUUUAAGCAGCGGUUUGUUGUCAGAGAAAGCGACGGCCGCCCAUACAUGGCGGCAUGGUCGGGCCACACCAUCGACGGUGUCUAUGGGCCGGGGGCAAGGGUAGCUCCCGAAGACGUCCCCCCGACACUGGUGCAUGGAACGUACCGUCGCCAUGUGAAGUCGAUCCAGGAAAAUGGGCUCCGGGGCGACAGACGGAUGGCUCAUCUGGUCAACCCAGAUCAGGCGUCGGGCAAGUGGAGGUCGGACUUGGAGGUGAAGAUUUCCGUCUCUACUAAGGCUGCGAUGGAGUCCGGGGUCGUCUUUUACGUCACGGGGAAUUCUGUGUGGCUUGCCAGCGGAACAAUCCCGCCGGCAGCCUUGGGCGAUGUCUCGGACUGGGACACAGCCGAGUUUUGGUACGCUGCAGAGGGACCCAAAAAGAGCCUGAAAGGGGCGUCCGCCAGCAGUCAGGUGGGGCCCGUGCCGCAGCACCGGGGGGAGGCCAGCUCCAGCAAUCAAGGCAAGAGAGGUCGGCGUCGGGACGAGUGGGUGGAGGAAGAAGAGCCACGCAAUUCUGCAAAGCUCAACCUCGCUGCCUACCGCUCGAUAGCCUGGCCCCCGUCCAAAGCUCAGGAGAAAGACCCCAGGGAAGAGCUCGCCCGAACUGCGUCCGACCUGGCGGCGGCGGUAGCUGGCUUGGCCUGCCAAGAAGGCGAAGAGGAGGUCAACGUUGAUCCGGAUACUCUGAAGGCGGACGUCGUCGUUAUCUCGGAGCCUGACUGGGGCGCCUCCGACCCGGAAAUCCAGGAGGCGCUCGUACCAAUGACAAAGCUGGAGGGAUCCCUCGAGGUCAAAACCGAGGCUCGGUCCGAGCCCGGGGAGACCUUACAGGAAGCUGGCCCCGCUGCUCCCGCGACCAAGUUCGAAGAAUUGCCUGUUGCCAAAGCCGAGGCUCGAUUCGAGCCCGGUGAGGCCCUGCAGGAGGCUGCCCCCGGCGUCAAAGCCGAAGAAGAACUUCGCCCAUCUGCCCCUAAUCCAGCUCAGGCGGUCGGUCCUGGGGAAGCCCCGGCUGCUGACCCAUGGGACCCGAAGAGUUCCGAUGCCUGCAUUCCAUCCAAGAUGUCUGACAGGCCGAGCGGGCCGAAGUGGGAGACAGAUCGCUGUAAGGAGGAAGCAGAUGGCGGAGAGGGCGCGGGACCUUCCCGAGCCAGGGAUGACCCCGCUCCUGCUAGGGACCGGGCCCUGAUCCCCAAGGGAGGGUUGAAGUUGGGAUCCGGGAAGCUCAGGUUGCUGCAGGAAAUCGCUCGGGCUGACGAAGCGAACUGGCAGAACCUCCAAGAAUCCCUCGCCAAAGCGGAAGAGGAUGGGUCGACCAAACAAGAUUUGAUAGACGACCUGUCAAGGCUUACUGCGCAGCGAAAAGAAGCUGCCGAAGGGAUACAGCAAAGUUUGGAAACCGAGAUCCAACGCAUCAAAGAUGCAGAGGAUGAAGACAAAAGUUAUCUCGAAGCCUUGGACGCUCAGGGAAGUUACAUGCGAGAAGUGGAAAGGAGAAAUCCGGUGCGGCCUUCUAAAGCCGUCAAAGUCCUCAAGUCUGCCCGGCUCGACCUCGAGAUUGAAGCAGGCAUCAGCGUUUGGGUGGCUAGGCGCCGGGAGAAAGGCAGACAGAGGGCACGUAUGCACCGUGAGAGAACUCAGGGAGGCGAAGCUAAUCCCUCCGCUGAACCUCUCGAGUCCCCUGAGGCAGCAGCAGCCGCACGAAAGGAAGCCGCGCGAAAGGAAAUUCAAGACUUCCGAGCCUCACUGCUGCAGGCCGAUGGCCAACCAAGGAAAUUUCGAAGAGCCCCAGACUCGCAAAGACGAAAGGAAGCGAAGAGACUGAGGCGCCAAACUCGUCGAAAUGACGACGCUAGUAGAGACACCAACCACGCCAUCGCGCACGCCUACCCAUUAGGUGGAGAAGUGGUGGUGAGGCAGACUACGCUGUGGCUUGCAGGGCAAGGUGUCAGGCCGAGUCUACCAAUCGAACUGUUUGGAAUCUUGGUAGCAGCUUCCUUGUUCCUUGCCGUGGGAGCCUGCCUUGCUAUCCGGCGAUGGGUACGCGCCCGCCCUUCCAUGGGGCAAGCAAAUUCCCGAGGCCCUGUUUCGGGCCCGGGAAAGAACAACAAGAUGCCGAAUCCGCUCCAAGGCCCAACGUCGGGUCAAAUAUCGUCUGAGCGCACUCAUACCGAAAUUCUGCCCGACGCCAGCCGAGGCUUGGUUUCGAGCCCGGUGACCCCCGCCCCGCCCCCUGCGGCGGAGCCAACCUACGGGCGUCGCAUCCGGCUAGAAGCCGGGACCGUUGAUCCGGAAGGAAUCCCGCGGUGGCAUCGUUCCGAGUGUCUUAGGCCAGGACCCAGUCGAUGGGUGGAGCCGUGCAAAGAUUGUGCCGGCCAACCGGGGUAUGUGCAGCCUUCCGGAGCCGCCCACGUGACUCUGAGCGGCGAGAGGUGGCAUCAGGAAGGGUGCGGUCACAUCCGGGGCCGCAGACAGAUCCGCUACGAACGGUGUCUGUGUCCCCCGGGUGAGGCUAGCACAACGGUGGCCCGGCGAAAUCCCCGACAAGGUGUUCGACAGCGGCGAGUCGACGACGCCAAUCGGGACACCAACCAUGCCAUCGCCCACCUCUUCUGUGGAGAAUUUGGGCUCCUCAUCCUGGCCUUGUUAAUACCUCUUCGGAAGAUUUCACGGGAGCAAAAAGACGAGAGACGCGUGGGAGGCUCCACUACCAGGCGGGUACGCUUCUCGCCUUAUUUGGAAAGCUUGGAAGAAGACAUCCACCGGAAGGAGGCGCCGACCAUUCAGCAGGGGGUGAAGAACAAACCCUGUCGCAGCCCGAAGGCAGUCAGAGAUCUCCUUGGGCACAAGACCCCACAGCUUGGCUUACCCCUGAAGAAUCGGCAAGACUAUCAACAGGAAGCUGUCAAUGUUGCUUUGGACAGGCUAGCCCUGACGACUCGUCGGACGUAUGCCGCACAGUUGAAAUGGUGGCGCCUGUUUUGUGCUCGGCGCCAGGUGCACUGGCUCCUGACUGGGGUGCCGGCGGACGAAGAUCUCAUCAUUGACUAUUUGCUUCACUGUGCCGUCAACGAACAGCGUGCCCCGGGAACUUUGAAACUGCGUCUCGCUGCCGUCCGAAGCAUCCAUGUGACGCUGGGGCUGCCAGAUCCCUUAGAAGGAAGAAACCGG